CUCCUUUACAGGGAAAUAAUACUCCCUAAGUGCUCCUCUAGUUAGAAGAGAGCAAAGACAGCAAGCGUUGCUAAUUUUUCCUGUAUAGAAAUACCUGAAUGUUUGAAAAAGAAGUAAUGCGCAGUGAAAGAAAUCUCUGGAAGCAUUUAUGAUUGCCAUCCAUUAGGAAUGGAAAACUAAGGAGAAUAAGCAAAUGGCCUUCAUAUGUUCUUCGGAAAUAUUUUCAGCUCUUCCUGAUCAGCUGCUGUAUUUCUCCUAGCUACAAAGUGCAAGAAUUCUUCUUUUGCUGAGUGAAACUGGGUCCUGAGGGAGACUAAUAAAUUGGCUGAAAUGGAAGAGCCGCCUUUGCUACCUGGGGAGACCAUUAAAGACAUGGCUAAGGAUGUCACUUACAUCUGCCCCUUCACUGGAGCAAUCAGAGGAACCCUUACUGUUACCAAUUAUAGACUGUAUUUUAAAAGCAUGGAACGGGACCCUCCUUUUGUCCUAGAUGCAUCUUUAGGUGUGAUCAACAGAGUGGAGAAAAUUGGAGGUGCUUCUAGUCGUGGUGAGAAUUCAUACGGGCUGGAGAUUGUAUGCAAGGAUAUUCGAAACUUGCGAUUUGCUCAUAAGCCUGAAGGGAGAACUAGACGAUCCAUAUUUGAGAAUCUAAUGAAAUAUGCUUUCCCAGUUUCAAAUAACCUGCCACUUUUUGCAUUUGAGUACAAAGAAGUUUUCCCAGAAAAUGGAUGGAAGGUGUAUGACCCCACUUGGGAGUACAGAAGACAGGGAAUUCCCAAUGAAAGCUGGAGGUUGACCAAGAUAAAUGAGCGCUACGAGCUGUGUGAUACAUACCCUGCCAUUCUAGCUGUGCCCGUAAACAUUCCUGAUGAAGAAUUAAAGAGAGUAGCAUCUUUCAGAUCAAGAGGACGCAUACCAGUGUUGUCAUGGAUUCACCCAGAAAGUCAAGCAACGAUCACUCGCUGUAGCCAGCCAAUGGUGGGAGUGAGUGGCAAGCGAAGCAAGGAAGAUGAGAAGUACCUUCAAGCCAUCAUGGAUUCUAAUGCCCAGUCUCAUAAAAUCUUCAUAUUUGAUGCAAGACCUAGCGUGAAUGCUGUAGCCAAUAAGGCUAAAGGAGGGGGCUAUGAGAGCGAGGAUGCCUAUCAGAAUGCAGAAUUGGUGUUCCUGGACAUUCACAAUAUUCAUGUCAUGAGAGAGUCGCUGAGAAAACUGAAAGAAAUUGUAUAUCCCAAUAUUGAGGAGACUCACUGGCUGUCUAAUUUAGAGUCCACUCACUGGCUAGAGCAUGUCAAGCUCAUUCUUGCUGGAGCCCUUCGGAUCGCUGACAAGGUGGAGUCAGGGAAGACGUCUGUGGUUGUGCACUGCAGCGAUGGCUGGGACCGGACAGCCCAGCUCACCUCUCUCUCUCUGCUCAUGCUAGAUGGCUACUACCGAACUAUCAGGGGCUUUGAAGUGCUCGUGGAGAAGGAGUGGCUGAGCUUCGGCCACAGAUUUCAGCUGAGAGUUGGCCACGGAGAUAAGAACCAUGCAGACGCAGAUCGCUCUCCUGUCUUCCUCCAGUUCAUCGACUGCGUCUGGCAAAUGACAAGACAGUUUCCUACAGCAUUUGAGUUCAACGAGUACUUCCUGAUAACCAUCCUGGAUCAUCUGUACAGUUGUUUGUUCGGGACCUUCCUGUGCAGCAGUGAGCAGCAGAGAGUCAAGGAGAGCCUUCCAAAAAGGACCGUAUCACUUUGGUCGUACAUCAACAGCCAGCUGGAAGACUUUACCAACCCCUUGUAUGUGAGCUACUCCAACCACGUCCUCUAUCCCGUGGCCAGCAUGCGCCAUCUCGAGCUGUGGGUCGGCUACUACAUCCGCUGGAACCCCCGCAUGAAACCACAGGUACCUCUGGAUCCUGCUUUUAUGUCCCUCUCUGACA